ACCUAGCUCAUCCGCGCUUCUCUCUCUCUCUCUCUACAUCUGUCUUGGAUCCUCCACUAGCUACGUCGUCCAUGGAUGUGGUGCUGCAGAGUCGUAGCAGCAACAGCAUGGCGGCGGAGCCGGAGGAGGAGGCGGAGCUCCGGCGGGGGCCGUGGACGGUGGACGAGGACCUUACGCUGAUCAACUACAUCGCGGACCACGGCGAGGGCCGCUGGAACGCGCUGGCGAGGGCCGCCGGCCUGAGGCGCACGGGGAAGAGCUGCCGGCUGCGGUGGCUGAACUACCUCCGCCCCGACGUGAAGCGCGGCAACUUCACCGCCGACGAGCAGCUCCUCAUCCUCGACCUACACUCUCGCUGGGGCAACCGGUGGUCGAAGAUCGCGCAGCACCUCCCCGGUCGGACGGACAACGAGAUCAAGAACUACUGGAGGACCAGGGUGCAGAAGCACGCGAAGCAACUCAACUGCGACGUCGGCAGCGCCACCUUCAAGGAUGCCAUGAGGUAUCUCUGGAUGCCUCGCCUCGUCGAGCGCAUCCACGCCACCGCCGCCCCCACCGGCGGUGACCCCACAAUCGGCGACACCUCGUGCGCGUCAGGGGUCACGUCGAUGGCCACCACCGCCGCCACCGCCACCACAUAUCCCGAGAACAACUCCCCCUCCAGCGCGGUCACCACCAGCAGGUCGGCAUCGUCGGGUUCCUUCACGUCGGAGCUCUGCGGCGAGGAGAAGAACCUGCAUGUCCAUGGCAGCGGCGAGAAGACAACGAGCGGCGGGGACUGGAUGCAGGACGCGGACCAAGAGUUCUGGGCCAUGCAUAUGCAGAUCCAGCCUGAUGAGGGUGGUCUUUUCCACGUCGACCACGAGCUUAGCGGAUGGGUGCAGGGCUUCUCCGACGUCGGCGUUUCGGCUGACAAUCUCUGGAGCCUCGAGGACAUAUGGAAGAUGCAAUGAGUUUUCCAGUUAUUGAGGAGCGAUUUUUAUACUUAUACAUGUGUAUCAUCAUCAUACAACUAAUAGAUAUUAGAUCAUAUACAUCCGAGUAAGGAUGGCGGCAAACUUAACUAGCUAAUUAAUUACUAAUAUUUUUUAGAGCUAACUUUAUAUAAAAAGUGUAAGGCACUUGAGUUUCUUCGUUGGAUCUUGUUUUACCUUUUGUGCCUUUUUCCACCCAUGAAGGGUUGUUUUUCCUUGUGUGGCUCAAUGGCCGAAAGGAGAGACGAUGACAGUGUUAUACUCCUGUUUGAUGCAUAUCUAAGAAGAACUGCACAAUUGA